CCAACCCCCCCUGCGGGCACCACGGCCGCCAGCGCGUUAGCCGUCGCUGUCGGAUGAUCGUCAGAUCGUGUGAGAGCGGUUUUUGAUAUGCGCAUACGUUGAGCGCUUUUGCAGCAGCUAGAGCGCUAACCUGACUGUUUGCCUACACCCACGAAGAAUGGCCGCAAGGAUAGUGUUGUGCAGGAUCUGCGCUCCAUUACUCGGCAGAAACCAGCAUCUUGCUGCGAGAAGUAUCAGUACGACAGCCAGCAGAAAUGCCCAGUUUUGCAACUCGGCCGAGGAGGCGAUCAAGGAAAUCAAAAGCGGUUCCAAGCUGCUCGUAGGAGGAUUUGGUCUCUGCGGAAUCCCUGAAAACUUGAUAUCUGCACUCUCAAAGUCUGGUGUUAAGGACCUUGUUGUCGUCAGCAACAAUGCCGGUGUGGACGGCUUUGGCCUUGGGAUACUACUCAACACGCGACAGGUGAAGCGGAUGAUCUCGUCGUAUGUGGGGGAAAAUGCUGAGUUCGAGCGACAAUAUUUGUCGGGUGAGUUGGAACUGGAAUUCGUACCACAGGGAACGCUUGCCGAGCGGCUACGUGCUGGUGGAGCAGGCAUACCGGCUUUCUACACACCCACUGCCUACGGCACACUUAUUCACAAAGGUGGCGCCCCCAUCAAAUACGACUCCAAUGGCAAUGUCGCCGUCAAAAGUGAACCGAGGCAGCACCAGGUAUUCAAUGGCAAGAACUACAUUAUGGAACAAGCCAUCACGGGCGAUUUUGCUCUCGUCAAGGCGUGGAAAGCAGACAAGGCUGGAAACUUAGUCUUUAGGAAAACGGCAUCGAAUUUCAAUCCAGUUAUGUGCAAAGCCGCGAAGUACACAAUAGCCGAAGUGGAAGAGAUUGUUGAGAUCGGUGCAUUGCCUCCCGACCACAUACACAUUCCAAGCAUUUAUGUGGAUGCUGUAUACGAAGGAAAGAACUUUGAAAAGAGGAUUGAGAAAAAGAAGCUCAGGGAGAAAGCUGGCGCUAGUGCUGGUGGAAAAGAUGACCUGAGAAGUCGCAUUAUCCGAAGGGCAGCGUUAGAAUUUCAGGACGGCAUGUAUGUCAACCUUGGCAUUGGUAUACCGGUGCUUGCAAGCAACUACAUUCCCAAAGGAGUUCAUGUGGUGCUUCAUAGUGAAAAUGGAAUCCUCGGAGUCGGCCCAUACCCCACGGAGGAUGAGGUGGACCCCGACUUGAUUAACGCAGGCAAGGAGACGGUCACUGCACUGCCUGGCGCUUCCUACUUUGGCAGCGACGAGUCGUUUGCUAUGAUUAGAGGAGGCCACAUUGACCUUACAAUGCUUGGUGCAAUGGAGGUAUCGCAAUAUGGGGACCUUGCCAACUGGAUGAUUCCGGGUAAGAUGGUGAAGGGCAUGGGAGGUGCCAUGGACUUGGUGUCCAGCAAGGCGGCCGGCACCAGAAUUGUCGUCACCAUGGAACACGUGGCGAAGGGCAACAAGCCGAAGAUCAAGAGGGAAUGCACGUUGCCGCUGACUGGCGAGCGCUGUGUUGACCUCAUCAUCACCGAGAAGUGUGUGUUUGAAGUGGAUGAAAAGAAAGGCCUGACACUUGUUGAGAUUGCAGAUGGUCUUAAGGUCGAUGACAUCACAAGUAGCACAGCCUGCCCAUUCGAGGUGUCGCCAAACUUGAAGCCAAUGCAGCAGGUUGAGCUCUGAAAUCGCCUUAUGACCUAACUUUGAUUUGGACUUUGAUGUUGAUAUUUUUGUACCUUGGGGGGGAAGCUUGUUGGUCUUGUUGAGAGUAUUGGGAAUCGUUAUAGCUGUGGUGAAUGUUGUGCGCUCUACUGUAUAUCAUACGAAAUUUUUAUAAUUUGUCAAUGUAUUUUCUACAAUGCUUUGAUGAGACACAUUGGUUCAGUGUGUUAUGUUUUGAAGAAUUAAUCAUUUUUUGCAAAAGCAGCAACAUCUUUAUUGCAUGCCUUCCUCCGUUACUUCUUAAGGUCCGUUCGUGUAUUUGUAGAUGUUAUUGUCGUAAACAAGUACAAAUAUAAGUUUUUUUUUUGCAAACUUAUCUUGACGUAUGCAAUUGUAUGAAUGUCACAACCACUGAUGAGAUGUUUGAUUUGAGUGAGUCUUCUGUGUCAUGGCAGUUUUGCUGAUCUGAUAAUGUUGGAGCUGAAUAUAAUUAUACUGUCUAGUCUCUUGCUUCUGUUCGUGACCUGUUUUUUUUUUUUAUCUUACAUUGUGCCAAGACAUUAACGAAAUGUGUGUACAACUAUGUUACAUUUUGAUGUGUAGCAAAUAACUUUGAUGCAUUUUAUGCCACGAAAUGAAGUUUGCCAUGUAGCAGUACGCUAUUAAAAAGAGGUCAGUAAGUGAAAUGGAUUUUGGCAUGAUUCGCUCCUUCCCAAAUGAAAUCUGUAAGCUGUUCCCACUUUAAUUGAACAGACAGACUUAAAUUUUUGGGCUUUGGUGUUGAUAAAAUCUUGCCACACCCAUAAAAUACUUAAAGUUAAGUUUUUAUGUUGGAUAUCUCAUAUCUAAGUAUGAUGAGUUUUCUAGAAAUUAUGAGCAUAUUCUUUGGAGCUUGCAUACACCAGUUAGUCAUGAUGCUCAAGAGAGAGGAGUUGUACAGAUGUGAGUGCUGACAAGUCAGUGCUAAGUAAUGCCUCUGGAUUGUUCCUGCUCUGAAUUUUCCACACUGAAGUAAAUUUUUGAGCUUCCAUAAUAAUGAAACACCACCAUAAUAAACUGAAUGUAAUGUUAUGUUCAUGUUGAACAUCACCUAUUAUGCACGCUCGAUUUUGCAAGCGUAAAAAAUAAAAAUAAAAUCAAUUUCAUCCAAAAUGUGAAGCAUUGAUGGUGACAGCAAUACACUUGAAGCUAUGAAAUGGUUCGUGGCUUUAUCAGCCCUGUAUAUUGCAGUAAAUGUUUCACACACAGGCAGGCACAAUCUCUCCUUGCCUGAUGAAUCCUCUUAACACUGCUUCCCACAACUCGGGCACAUUGAACAGUGCAAAGAGUAGCAAGCAAAUUCAUUUUUUUGCUUCUCUUUUCUUUAUAAGAUGAGAAGACAUGAGGUGCUGCAUUAGGCAAAUGGGAGUCCAGGGAUGCCGGGGCUGACACAUUAAACUACGACUUGCUUCGACUUAUUCAACCCUUAAAACCGUCGCUUCAGGCCUUUUGCGAGAUCGGGCACGUGUGUUGUUUUGUUAAGGCUUGUGUUUUAUUUUUUAAUAUGCAUGUGGCCCCGGCUAACUCUGGUCCUGCAGUGUUCGCAUUUGUGACUAUCGAUGUUUUCUCAAAUAAAGCCCAAGGGGAUGUCAGCGUUUA